GUCUCAGUUCGCUGUGUUUCACAGGACACGCUGUCAGGGCUCCAAGGUACCUUGAAAAAAUUUUAACAGCUAGUCAUCCAAGUUCCAUGUCAAGUGUAACCAAUAAUUUAUUUAAAAAAUAAAUAAAUACAUCCAACGAAAUUUCAAAGCCAGGGAUUAUCAUAUCGGUAUGACGACACAGCAAUGAUACUGUCUUGUGCGACACGAGGGAGAGAAGGGGUUGAAUGUAAUUUGAAAAAAUAGCGAGUCAUAACGGAUCGAUCAAGAGUACGUAGGUGUUUGUACGUUGUGUCUCGAGUUAUUGAAAAACGGGGCAGCAACGACAAUCACGGGGCAUCACGGUGGAGGAAAACGGUGGUGGCCCGGACUGCAGGAGGCAGGGCGCAACAUCGGCCAACCACUGACAUCAUCAGCAGCAGCAGUCCGUCGGCCGUUAAAUAUACGAAGAAAAAAUGGUCAUGAUGGCUGGUAUGGACGAUCACGAGAGAAAAAUCGUCAUGGAAUUUUGCCAUCUACUCGAAAAGAGCAAGCAGCUGUUCAAUGGUCUACGCGACCUACCCCAGUAUGGUCACAAGCAGUGGCAGGCCUACUUUGGAAGGACCUUCGAUAUAUAUACAAAAUUGUGGAAGUUUCAACAACAGCACAGAGCAAUAUUGGACACAAAGUACGGUCUGAAACGUUGGCAAAUCGGUGAGAUAGCAAGUAAAAUUGGUCAACUUUAUUAUCACUAUUACCUACGUACAAGUGAAACGAGUUACCUCCACGAGGCAUACUCAUUCUACGCAGCAAUAAGAGGACGUGCAUACUACAGUCGUGCAGCUAAGGAAGAUCGUAGUGAUUUAAUGGUGAAAAAAUUGCGUUACUACGCACGUUUUAUCGUUGUCUGUUUAUUACUCAACAAAAUGAAAUUAGUGCGGGAACUUGUCCAAGAGUUGGACACACAAAUAGCUGAUUACGCGAGUACGUACGAGCCAGAGGAUCAGGUUGAAUGGAAUUUGGUGCUUGAGGAGAUAAAGGGUUUUGUUAAAGCUGAAUCGGCGGUUGGUGUAUUACAUGCCGACUCAAAUCCCGUUGUAUUGACGCAUCGCCUUGGUCCGUUGACGUCACCACCCAUCGAGCGAUCACCACCCAUGUGCCUAACUCUUCAAGAGAUACUUAUUGUUGGCAAUUCCGCCGAUCAGGUUAAAUUCAGUGAAUUAUCAGUUGACAUGUUUAGAAUGCUCCAGACACUCGAGAGAGAGCCACGCGAUGAUCCUACCCAUAUGCAUGAUGCAUCACCAGCUGGUAGAUUGCCAUUCAGACCUGGACCAUAUCCACCUGAGAAUGGCAUGCCACGACGUGAAAAUCCCCACAAGUACCUGUUAUAUAAACCCACGUACAGUCAGGUUCAGGUAUUUCUUGCCAGUGGUUUCAAGGAACUACCUGCCAAUGGUGCACUACUACUUUAUCUCUCUGCUGAUGGAUGCUUCUCCACUGUUAAACAUCCCGAGGAAAUGGGAUACGACCUGGGUGGUGUGACAACCAGCAACAAACGAGAUCCCGAGCACGGGAAGAGGCUGAGCGGUGGUAAAGAGCCCCACUGUCUUUACCCUGGUGAUCUGUAUCCGUUCACAAGAAAGCCACUGUUUGUGGUUGUUGACUCGGACAAUAGCUACGUGUUCCAGCAGAUACCAAGAUACUUUGGUCAACCACUGAUGGUGCUUAUGUCCCCCCAAGAAACACCACCAACGCUACGUGAUGUACGUCAUGGUGGAAGUCUCUUCACCCUUUUUCUCCAUUCACCACUUGCCGCCUUUUGCCUUAUAUGCAACGUCGGUAGCUUAGCGGUGCAUCACUGGGAACGAUGCCAGAGUUAUGUUGAACGUUUUCUCAUCGAGGCAAGCCGUCUUGUCAUUCGUUCCAGAUGCGAAAGCAGUAUUCUCCAAUUUUUCGGCGACGACUUUCUGCGACUGCUAGUUGUACGCUACGUGUUCUGUGACGUUGUACUACACCUGCACCGAUCAUUUCGUGGUCGUCAUCAACGACCCUGCUGUCAUCCACCCCUGCCUGAAGCAGAAGUACUGCAGCAUCCAACGCUGCACCACAUAGUGCUCGAUCUAGCAGCAUGUAUCGAUGCACGCGAUCACUUUGCCGACAGCAAUGAGCUAGCCUGACCCCGGCAUCACUAUCGUCAUCAGCGUGAUAAUGACACAAUAUCCCCGUUAACAACCACUUACCAACAAUACGACUACGAUUACGACAAUUACAAUUACAAUAAAAUCGUUACAUUGAGACCUCAUUAAACCGCGUCUCGCAAUUCAUUCUCACUUUUAUAAGAAAAAAAAUUAUAAAAAAAAACAACAUUAUCUCUACUGUUUUUAAUUUAAUGAAAAAACAAUAGCAAACAUCUUGGCGAUGAGAAACGCGCAUACAGUGCUUAUAAUUAUAAAUAAUAUAUUAUACAACAGAUAAUUCUCAUCGGCAAGACGUUUAUUUAUUCUUCACUCGAGCA